AUGGCGCUCCCACUGAGCCCCUUCGCGGGGAGCCCCUUUCCAGAUAACUGCUGGUUGACUUCUUCUGUCCCAGUGAUCACAGGCCUUGACACCUCAAGCCGUCCCCUUUUGACCCUCUCCUGGUGGCAGGAGGCUGCCAAGGCCUUGGGCCUCUCUACCUCAAAACAUUGUGAAUCCCAGCAAAAGCAUACUUCCUGCUACCCACAAGAAUCUGCUUUCUGCGGAGGCCACACACACAGGAGCACAGGGACUGGCAAUCCCACUUUCCCCAACCCAGAUGUCCAGAAGCUGCUGGAAAUACAAGUCACAAAGAGCGUUGAGUUCAAGAUUUGGGAGGAAAAAGGACAGGAUGGGUCAUUUCCAAAUCAAAUGAGCUCAGACUACCACCUGAAUUCUUUGAGGAAUAUUGUAAAAUCAUUGAGUGAUGAGCAGGACACCACAGUUUCCCAACCCAUCUGGAGCACCAAAGACAAACCACAGCAGCUGCUCUUAUAUCACAAGACCUUGAAGGACCACUUACCGCAGAAAUGCAGCCAGCUCUUCUGGGGUCUCCCCUUUCUGCACAGCGAGUCCCUGGUCGCUACUGUCACAGUCUCUGGUUCCACACUAGAGCUUCCCUCUGUUUUAUUCAAUGGAAGCUCUAAUGCCUUACCAGUUCAAAUGCAGGCUAAAGUAUCUCCUUUAGUUUUCCAGCCUCAGUCCUUGCAACACCCUGUGGCCCAAUUUCAGCCUUUGAUUUUAACCAUGUCCCAAUCUGGGGGCCCACCUCUAGCUCAGGUCCAGACUCAAGCUCAUCUCCAGUCCUCACUUCCAAUCCUACCUUCUUCUCUACCUCAGUUUACGGCCUGUGGAGUAUCUUGCCCUGCAGCCCAGAAUGAGGCACAAUCUCUCAUCUCAACUGAAAUUCAACACCUGGAACGGCCCUUGUUGCAGGAACAACUAGGAAGUGGGAGGGCUUUACCCUCUGUGGUGAAAAGAUCUCAGGAAGCCUUUAGUCCUCUCAGUAGCAACCUUUCCCAGGAUAAUCAAGCCUCCCAGGCCCACAAGUCAGACUCCACCCUUCCUGGGGAUUUUGUAAGCCCUGAGCUCCAGAAGCAACUGGAGCAACACCUUCGAAAGAGGCUCAUCCAUCAUCAAUGGGGCCUGCCUGGCAGGAUCCAAGAGAUUCUAAAACUGACAGAACCUCAGGGAAAAUUACCAAGGCCAUGCCAGGCAAAGGACCAGAAUGGACCCUUAUGGCCCUCACUACAUACAGGUGAAAGCAGCAAGGAUGUAAAGAAGAUGGGAUCCAGGCACCCAGGAAGAUCCAGACACUCAGGAAGCUUUCAUGUGUGCGGCUUGGCAAAUUUACAUCUAGGGAGGGAUCUGAGCAAGGAUCUGGGUCAUAGUCUAGGGAAGGUCCCAGAACAUAAUAUAUCCCAGAGAUCAGAAAACUCCCCAGUGAACGUUCUGGGGGCAGACUCUAAGAAGGAAUCAAAAAAUGACUUGAUGACGCACUUAGGGAGUAACUCAGGAAAUUGCAUAUUAAGAGGCCCACAUAAGAAACAACCAGAAAACACCCUAAAAGUCCAUUUGGGCAGGAAGUCGGGGCAGAUUAUUGAGGAUCAGAUCCCUGUGGGUGUCCAUCAUUCCUGGCUUGCUGCCAACCAUAUUUUGCCCAAAUCUGACACUUACACAAAAACUGGAAAUCUGGCAUCACCAAAGGGUCAGGCAUACCGUGUAAACACCACCCAAGAGCUUUCCUUUCUCAAUCCGGGCACUCAACAUGUGCUGGAAACACAUAUUGUAAGGUGUUGGAUGGGACACAGAUGGUGUCUACCCCUCAAAGUCCUUGAGCCCGUAAAUUUCUUUAAGACAAGAAAGGGCAACUUAUUGCCCUUUCGCCAGUCCAACUUUCCCUCUUCAGCCACUCAUGAAUCUUGGGCGGACUCAAGAGUUGAGUCUGCCAAGUUUCUGGAAGAAAACCUUCAAGCAGGCUGGGGAGAGAAGGUGACACCAAAAAAAUCAGUCCCCACCCUGGAGAGUCCUCUCCCUGCCUCCUCACCUGCAGGUGAGGAAGUCCAGAGAACCCUGAGGUGGGCCCCACCUGAUAAUGACAAUGGGCCUUCAGAGGCCCCUCAGAGUGGGCAGGAGGGCAGGCAGCCUUUUCAGCCCCUCACAUCCAGCAUUGUGGGCAGAGCCUUGCAGACUGGAACUGUCUUGGGGGCCCAGAGAGGCAGCCUAGAGCCGACAGCAAGUCAAUCAAUGGCUUGGAAGGGGCCCAGGGAGGAGAGUGUGAGAUGUGCCUCAGGAGACCGCAGCCCUACUGUAGCAAUGCUGGAGAUGAGCUGUGAAUCCCAAUCUUCAGGGGCUGAAGAGAAGAGGAAGGCAUUAGUGGCCAGGGAAUCCUCUGCACUACAGCUACAGGAUAAAGACAUUUUGAGAACCAGUGUGCUGCCAAAAUCUCAAAACAUAAAUGUGGAUGUAAAGGGUUUAGGGGCUUCAGGGACCAGCAAAAGCCCCUCAACUCCUAGAAUGUCUGUUCGAGAUCCUGGAGAGCCUUGCUUUAAAUCACAGGUGUUUAGUGAGUUAGAGUUCAAAAUGGAGUCAGAGCCAGAGGACCAGUCUCAAGGCUGUCCCCCUGAGAUGCUCCUUCAAAACUAUGCCACUGAGAUACUCCUUGCCGCAGAUAACUUGGUUUGUCAGAUAUCUCAGUCUCAUCCCCAGAAUGUGUCCAGUGGAGACAUGGCAGCUUCCCAAGUACUGUAUGACCUCAUGACAGCCAGAAGGAGUGGCCUGGGGCAGCAGGAGUCCAAGAUCCCAAACCUUCAGGACCCAUGGAAGCGCCAGAGCAAGAUUUCUACCCCCACUGACAAAAAGGAUUGUAGGAGGCACAAACCAGGAGAGUGUGAAGAAAGGUUGGCAGGAUUGGGGGCCUCCCAAGCCAAUGGGAUGAGCCAACUUUCUCAGGUCAAGGGAAUAGGAGACAUCAUUGAAAGCAAGUACCUCCAGAUACUGCCAGAGAAGAGACAGGUUCCUCUAGAAGGCCACUUCAGAAAAAGGAUUAAGCACUUUCUUCAGUGGAUUUUCCACAGUAAAAAAGACAAAGGGCAGGUUGAUCCUCCGCAAAAAGGAAAGCCUGUGUCAGCCUCUCCCCAGAGCCAUGGAACAGUCAAAAGCAGAUUGAUCUUUACUGACAGGGGGGCCACUGAGGCUCAGGCACUCAUGACAGCUGUUGGCCAAAUUCUAGAAGAGAAAAUGGCACUUGAGCAGGGACUUCAUCCUUCAAAGUUAAGUCAGCAAAAAGAGGAAAUCCAAGAAAGUCAGGCAGUGGUUGGUGGAUGUUCCCCUUACCACAGGGCUCCCUCCUCCUCCGAGCACAGGAGAGUGAUGAGUGAUACAGCCUGCCAUCACCAAGCCACCCCUGAAGGCCAGAGUUGUCCUAUCAGAGAAAGGCAGAACAGAGACCAACAUUCCUUGAAAACUAUAAGAUUCAACAAUGAGAAACUGUGCGUGAGACAUUCCGCAUCACUGCCCCUCAGGGAGCCCGUGUCCCCAGUCAGCUCCCAGCAGCAUGGGCCAAGGAUGUGGGGUGCCUCAGGCCUCCCUCACCACUGCCCACAGCACUGUCUUCGGGAAUAUGUCUUCUCUGUUCAACUAGAACAUGCUUCUGCAGCCCUUCUUAGUAGGAAAACUUCUAUCAAAGGAAAUUCUCAGUCUAUGCCAGGUUAG